UGUCUACAAAAUUUGUUGCAAAUGUCGUUCUCCCGGUUUCAAUUUUUCACAUACGUUGAUAAAUUGGAGUUUUAAAUCAAAAUAUUAUAUAAUAAAGUUGCUAAUUUUCCGUAGCGCAAAAUAAGAAAAACACUAUAAUGGUGGAGCGCGCUCCACCGACAAAACAAGACGAACAGUAUCCCCUGUUGAAGGCAGACACAGGCGGUGGUGAUGGCGGGAUACAGCCUACCCCGACACUCGUCACUCCAGGCUGGGGAGUCACCUGCGCUCCGAAACAAUCCUGGCUUGUCCGCUGGCCUGAGUACAUCUCGGCGUGUUGGAUGACUCUGAUAUUGUUGGGCAUAUCCUUCCUUGUAUUUUAUGCGCUGGGUAUGGAGGCGUAUCGAAGGCAACCCGUAUUGAUAAUUAAAUGCAAUUCUUCGAAGCCAGGAAGUGAUGUCUUCUAUCAUCACAUUGUGCCACGAGGUGGAUUUACUCCUUUCGUAGUAUACGAAGAGUAUAUCGCAAGCAUGGCCACACAGUACCCUGAACUACAUUUCCACCUAUACUUCCUUAACGACGACUCUUUACAAACUACAUUUAGAGGCCCGAGGCAUCCCAGAUUUAUAAAUGAAUUGCUUCCGUACUCUGGGAGCAUCCCUCCGUUCUCUUACCCAAAAGUAAGAGAUGACAUUAAGAGAAAAAUUGAAGAUUUUGAAAAAAGACACCAAAAUGUCAAUAUUACCAUAAUGUCUCUGAGCAAGUACAUGUCAAUGACAGCUCUGAAAUACAAAUGGAGGUCUAUACCUCUCCCAUAUCUACUUUUCUAUGCGAGAGUUUUCUCAGUCUGGCAAAGUGGAGGAGUCGCCAUGGAUUUGAAUACAUUUAAUAACAAUUUUAAUAGUCGUCAACACGAAGAUCGUAGAAUUGCUGCCAUAUUGAAACAACAUAAUGAUGGUAUCAACGUUGAAGAAUAUAAAACUGCUUUGAAUAAAAUCGAUCGUGAAGAAAACGAGUUUUGUACCGUGUUUUAUGCAUUAAUACAUCAGCUUUUGAACGAUACCAGGACAUCUAUAACUAACUUUUUUGCUUAUCCUCAAAUCACGAUUCCUGAAAAAACUGGCUCUCCUAAUGAAGCUUUGAUUCGUACGAGUAGGAACAAACGGGAUGUUUCUGCUUCAGCUUCUCUUGAUAAUAAACAAAAUAAAUCUGAAGGUGUUUCGAAUGUUUUUGUCGAAGUUAUGAAUGCGAAGAAUGAUACCGAAUUGAAAAAGAGUGAAUAUAAAACUUUAACAAACCCCGACACAUUAAAACUUAAUGAGUCCAUUAAGGCCUUGCAAGGGAAUGAUACCAUGAAAAUAAAUGGCAUUAUGAAUAACACGGAUGGAUUUAAUAGAUCAGAAAUACAACCAGAUAUGUUAAAUAAGUCUGAUACCGCUCAGGUGGUUCUGUUCUAUGACUUUUCUGUAAUUUCUGAUGUCGGUCCUUCGUUUAUUUUACCUGAUUUGAGUUUUCCUGAUAAUAGACAUACCAAAAAUGUAAAAACUGGUAACAACGGUGCACAACUUCUCACUAUUGAUCCUGAUGGUAAGUUUGUGGCAGCAUCUUCAAGACUGCACCGAUUUUUAGGACAUUUAAUUGCGGCCGGUUGUCAACGUAUGCCUCCCAAAUUCGCCAUUCAAAAUACUCUCUUUACGCAGUGCUCCGAUAUGUAUAAGGAAGACAAUUUUUGCGACAAUAUUUAUAUUCUUUAGUUAUAAUUUCACAUUUACGCUCAUUUUUGUUAAUAUUCUUCUAUUUCUUGUUUUUUUUGUUUCCAUUUGUUUUACUCGGCUAAUAUAGAAGAAUGUACUUACUGGAAAUUUG